AUGGCCAGCUCAGACGAUCACAAUGCCUUCCAUGAUGACCUCGGGCCAGAUGACGACUCGUCGCUCAUCUCGACCCGAGGGCUCGAGGCGUUCGGCCGGAAAGUCACCACGACUGCAAGCCAUCUGAUGGGCCCGCUCGGCGACCAUUCCUCUCACGGAGGCCACUAUCAAAAUGCCAUGACCGAGGUACACAAGCAACUGCGAAAGCCGGGGAUACAACGUAGCAUGUUUUCCGUGGCGCGUACGACGCCCACCGAUCUUGUGCGGUCGAAGCUGUCCACAAGCGAGAUUCAGCAUCGUGCCCUCUCUUACCUUCCCGACGAGAUGCUCCAGAACAUCCCCGAGGAUGACAACUCAUAUUCACUGUUCCAAGGCUUCCAGGCAUCAUUUCCUGACAUGACAGAGGAGGGAAGGAAACACAGGAGACGAGUCUCGAGGGGGCGCAAAAUGCUGGAGGACACCCAUGUGAUGCCGGAAAGCCCGCAUGCAGUGCAGAAACUAAGGAAGGAAAAGUCCUCCAUGAUGCACGAGUUUGAGAUGCUGGGGAUACGCAAGAAUAUGGCCAGCAGCGAAAUCCGUGAAAUUGACAUCAAAAUCGCCAACUUGGCGGGCAUGCGAAAAAUCAUUCUGGAGCGACUAGCGGGACUCGAGCAAGAGGAGGCAUUAUUGGAGCAUGACAUAAUGGAUGUCGAGGGAAGAUUAGAAGAAGCUCAAGAGUUAGUGGCUGAAGCAGAGUCGAUAGCCGCUCACACCCCAACGAAGACCGAUGAGGAUGCCGAUUUGGUGCAUGACGAUGAAGCAGGCUUCAUGUCUCAGUCUAUUUACGAAAAACUCCCCUCAGCUUCGAGUACACCAUCACGGACUAAGAAGCCUAGGACCAUCCGGCGCAAGUCGAUGCCAAUUCUACACGAGCACUUUGACCCUGGCACCAUGAUCAGGGAGAUUCGGGCGCAUCCGGACUCCAUUCUUGCAUUGGACUUUGAUGUGCCGUUCGGGUCGAUGGUAACUUCAGCAAUGGAUGACUCUGUCCGGGUAUGGGAUCUCAAUGCAGGACGCUGUAUAGGUGUACUUGAGGGGCACACUGCCUCAGUUCGCACCUUGCAGGUCGAAGACAACAUUCUAGCAACAGGAUCGGUCGACGCUACUAUUCGUCUAUGGGACUUAAGUAAGGCUCGCUACGACCCUCAUGGCAGCCACUUUGGAAAAGACGAUGAGGAUGACGACAUUGCUUUUGAGAAUCCAGACGACGAACCAGUUGAUCCUCCAGAGGGCACUAUGGACGACACACCUCUUUUCGUGCUACAAGCCCACGUUGACGAGAUUACUGCGCUACAUUUCAGAGGCGACACUUUGGUAUCGGGCUCAGCAGACAAGACUAUUCGCCAAUGGGAUUUAGAAAAGGGGCGUUGCGUUCAGACGCUUGACGUGAUGUGGGCAGCGGCGCAGGCAUCAGCCAGUUUAGGAUCAGGAGAUGGCGGAUGGAGGCAAACAAGCCGAGCUCCUACGCAAACCGCCGAUUUUGUUGGAGCGCUACAGGUAUUUGAUGCUGCUCUGGCGUGUGGUACGGCAGAUGGCAUGUUUGACGAUGUGCAUCUGGUUACGGGCAGUUUGGAUAGAAGCAUUCGGAUAUGGGAUCUCCGCACGGGAUCAAUAUUCGAUGCCUAUGCGUAUGACAAUCCGAUUACAAGCAUGAUGUUUGACAAUCGCCGGAUUGUCUCCGCAGCAGGGGAGGACGUUGUCAAGGUAUACGACAAGCUUGAAGCACGACAGUGGGAUUGCGGCGCGGGCAUAGAAGCCGCGGAGGAGGGUAGAGCACCAGCCAUUGUAGAACAUGUACGGAUAAAAGACGGGUACAUGACCGAGGGUCGCCGUGAUGGCAUCGUCGGCGUAUGGACCUGUUAG